AUGGCGUACUUCUUCUCGACCCCUGUGGACAUUGACGUUGUCCUCGAGAACAGCGAUGAUCGGUCCAUGGUGGACGUGCGGUUGGAAAAGAACCGCCGCGAGAAGGCACCGCUGUACAUGGAUGGCGAGUCCGUCAAGGGUGCCGUGACUGUGCGGCCAAAGGACGGCAAGCGUCUUGAGCACACGGGCAUCAAGGUGCAGUUUAUUGGCACAAUCGAAAUGUUCUUUGAUCGCGGCAACCACUACGAGUUCCUGUCGCUCGUGCAGGAGCUGGCGGCGCCGGGCGAGCUGCAGCACCCGCAGACGUUCGAUUUCAACUUCAAAAACGUCGAGAAGCAGUACGAGUCGUACAACGGCAUCAACGUCAAGCUGCGGUACUUUGUGCGCGUGACGGUCUCGCGGCGCAUGGCCGACGUGAUCCGCGAAAAGGACAUUUGGGUGUACAGCUACCGCAUCCCGCCGGAGAUGAACUCGCCCAUCAAGAUGGAUGUCGGCAUCGAGGACUGCUUGCACAUUGAAUUUGAGUACAGCAAGUCCAAGUACCACCUUAAGGAUGUGAUUGUCGGCCGCAUCUACUUUUUGCUGGUGCGGCUCAAGAUCAAACACAUGGAGCUGUCGAUCAUCCGGCGCGAGACAACCGGUGCUGCCCCGAACCAGUACAACGAGAGCGAGACGCUCGUGCGCUUCGAGAUCAUGGACGGCUCGCCCUCGCGUGGCGAGACCAUCCCCAUCCGCCUCUUCCUCGGCGGCUUCGACCUCACACCCACGUUCCGGGACGUGAACAAGAAGUUCUCGACGCGGUACUACCUGAGUCUGGUGCUUAUCGACGAAGACGCCCGGAGAUACUUUAAACAGUCGGAGAUCAUUCUGUACCGGCAGGCGCCCGAGAUCGCCAACGCCGAGGCGGCCGCGCCGUCCGCAAUACAUGCCCCGCCGCCAGAGAACAAGGCCGCCGUGGCGCUUCCGCCCCCUGCAUAG